UCGCUUGCACAUAUCAUCACGCAUUAAGUUUUCAAUUAUGAACCUCUCAAUAGUAUUGUGCACGAUAGUUAUUGGAAUAUCCCAUUUAACAAAUGGACAAUUCCAAUGCCCCAAGAAGAACGGCCAGUACGAAGACCCGGUGCAAUGCGACAAGUUCUACGAGUGCAAAGACGGAGUGGCCACGACGAAACUGUGCCCUGACGGGUUAGUGUUCGACCCGCUGAACAGGAAGGUCAACAAAUGCGACCAGCCGUUCAGCGUGGAUUGUGGCGAAAGAUCCGAACUCCAAAAUCCGCAGCCCAGCUACUUGUGCCCGAGGCGUAACGGGUACUUUGCACAUCCUGACGAAAAAGUGUGCAACAUAUUCUACAACUGCAUCGAGGGCGACGGCACGGAAAUCGUGUGCCCCAACGGAUUGCAUUUCGACGAGUACGCGGGAUCAUGCGCUUGGCCCGCCACGGCCGGCAGGUCGGGUUGCAACGAGUCAGACGACAUGAAAUUGAAAGACGGCUUCACGUGCCCCAAAGAUAAGGCCUUCAACAGCCGGGGUCAGAACGUAGCGCACCCCGUGUUCGCGCACCCAGACGACUGUCAGAAGUUCUACGUGUGCCUCAACGGCAUCACCCCCCGGGAACAGGGCUGUUCCACCGGCGAAGUGUUCAACGAGGAGUCGCAAAAAUGUGACCAACCCGAGAACGUGGCUGGAUGCGAGAAUUGGUACAAAGACGAUCCACAAGUGCAACAGCAGCAACAGAACAAGAAUAAAAAACAAUAGUAGUUUCGCAUUGUUUUCUUGAACAUAAUAUAAUUCAUAUUAAAAUAUGUAUACUUUAAGUUACUAUAUAUAAUAUAUAUAUAUAUAUAUAUAUAUUAUAUAUAUGUGUGUGUGUAUAGCUUUAUACCAAGUCAAAUUUAAAAUCAUUAUUGUUACGAAUUUAUAUAUAUACAUAAUACAUACUAUGAUGUAAUACUAAAUAAAAUUUAACUUUAUUACAAUUACUUUUGUUGCAUUGUUUUUUUUUUUUAUUAGGUAUAUUAUUCCAGAAACAAUCUCUUGGAAAAUCUAACACCUAUUGUAAGCUAUUCAUUAAUUUAUUCUUCAGCCUCGGAAUAUAAUAAUAUAAUGUUGUAGUAACUUAGUUACGAAAAUUGGCUAAAAUAAGUAGGUAUGAAUAUAUUAUAAUAUAAGUCAAACUAUGUUAAAUUAAAUUCUCAGUAUAAAACAUGUACAUAUCAAUUGUUUUAAUAUUAUAUUUAUACCUAUAAUUUAAAAAUAUUAGACAUACAUAGGUAUAUAUUGUAUAUGAACAAAUAAAAUAUAAAUGAAUAUAAUACCAU